CCGCGGGCGGGAAGCGGCGUGUGACGGCAGCCCGGCCCGGGCCGGGAGCGGGCGGCUGCCCGCUCGGCGCCAUGGCGCUGCCGGUGCUGUCGAGCUCGGGGGUGAAGUUCCGGCGGGUUCUGGCGCACUUCCCUCAGGAGCUCAGCCUGGCCUUCGCUUACGGGUCCGGAGUCUUCCGACAGGCUGGGGCCUCGACCGGGGACGGCGAGAACAAUAUGCUGGACUUCGUGUUUGCUGUUGAUGAUUCAGUGACCUGGCAUAUGAUGAACUUGUUGAAAAACAGGAGUCAUUAUUCCUUCCUAAAAGUUUUUGGGCCAAAACAGAUAAGUAGUGUACAGAGCUAUGGAGCAGGGAUUUACUACAACACUUUGGUGCCAUGUAAUGGUAGGAUGAUUAAAUAUGGUGUAAUUGGCACUGAUACCCUGAUUGAUGAUUUACUUCAUUGGAAAACCCUUUAUGUCGCUGGACGCCUACAGAAACCGGUGAAGAUACUGACACAGAAUGACAAUAGCAAGCUGCAAGCUGCUCUUGUUAGCAAUCUGAAGAGUGCAGUCACAGCAGCCUUUCUCAUGUUACCAGAGAGUUUCUCUGAAGAAGACCUCUAUAUGCAGAUUGCAGGACUCUCCUAUUCUGGUGACUUCAGAAUGGUAAUAGGAGAAGACAGAUUGAAAGUGCAGAACAUAGUGAAACCUAAUGUUGCCCACUUUCAGAAGCUGUACAGUAACAUAUUACAGGACUGCCCUCAAGUGGUAUAUAAGCACCAUCUGGGAAGGUUAGAGAUUGAUAAAAGUCCAGAAGGUCAAUUUACACAGCUAAUGGCUUUGCCAAGGACUCUGCAACAGAAGAUAACUUCUCUGGUAGACCCUCCUGGAAAAAACAGGGAUGUGGAAGAAAUUUUACUGCAAGUUGCACAUGACCCUGACUGUGGAUUUGUGGUGCAUCAAGGCAUUUCAGGAAUUGUGAGAUCUUCCAGUAUAGUGCAAAGUGCUAAAACCAUACUAACAGCUGACUCGGAGGAGAGGUGCUUAUUUGAAGACAUCAUGUGUUCCAGACUGAGCCUGUACUUGGGGCCAAGAAAUCUGUAACUUACAGUAUGAAGAAAUUAUAUAAAAUGACAAAGGGAUGGUUGAGGAAGACACCUUGACAUACUGUGUAUGGGUAAAUAAAUGGUACAUUUUCUCUAAAUGUGUUGCAGAUGUUGCUUUGUCUUCUUGAGAAGAUUAAAGUGCAUUUAAGAACUCUGCUCUAAUUUAUGUGCCCAAUUUUCCUACUCAAACAAGAACUUUUGUUACUGUGGAACAGUUUGGUUGUAACAGGGCAAAGGAAUUACACUCUGUAUAUGUGGAAGUGAACCUUCCUGUGUGCUAUAGCUUGGGUUUUCAGAAACACUGAGCAAAAUGACUAAUUGUAUAUAUGAACUGUAACCCCAAAUCACUCAUUUUCUAUGUAUUGCUAGCUUUAUUUUCCAAAAUACCCUCAGGCUCUUUCAAAAUAGUCACUGUCCCAGUUUUAGUUCUCUCAGGGGUUUAAAGUACUGGAGAGUCCACUGAGUUUUAAGUAGAUAUGAAUCUGGCCUCUCAAAAUACAUUAUUUCUGCACUUACAAGCUCAGGAUGCUCACUGGGUGCUUCUGCAGGGUAGGCCUCAUGAAAGGACCUUUUUUCCUCAGAUUCUAAAUCCAAAACUUUGACAAUUGACUUUCAGUGUGGGAAAGAGUGUUUUAAAUGCAAAGCUUAUCAGGCAUCAGAUCCUUUCGUAGAGAAUUGUGUGUUCCUUUCAUGAAACUGAGGUGACGGCUGCCCAACUGAUGACUAAGCAUUGUCAGAAGUGUCACAGUUGGAAGGACAGUCAUACUUCUGUUGACCUUCAGGACCUGCUCAUGCAGAUUUAUGAAACGUGGUGUUUGGCAGAAGAUUAUUGGAUUCUUUGAUUAUAAUGUUGUUUUCCUCAAAAUAUUGUCUACAAAGAAAAAACGUGUUAUCCUGAACUGAAUUAGCUAAACUAAAGAGAAGUGGACUUUUACUUAGCAUGUGACAUUAAUCAUGCCGUUAAAUAAUGGACAUUUGUGGCAAUAUUCAUGUGGGAUGCAAUAAAUAUGGAGCAUUUGUUGUAAAUAGAACAUUUAUUGCACUGAGUCAGGUAGGUUUGCUAAUUUUGGGUGUUUUUUCUUAAUGGAAAUAAAUCCAGAGAACACAUCAUUUUAUUGUCAGAUGGUCAAGGAUAAAAAUAAUUCA